GAGUCCUGCUGCUGGAGUGGAGUGCUGCGGUGCUUUCCUCCGCGCUUAGCGUUCAAUUCGUUCAUUCGGGGUCCAAGGACCGACUCCGAUUUUACCUCCGCUUGUUUUUGCUCAGUAUCCAGCAAUAUGUCCCAGUUACAGCAUAGCCGCAAGCGAGUCUGUUAUUACUACGACAGCGAUAUUGGCAACUAUUACUAUGGACAAGGUCAUCCAAUGAAACCACACCGCAUAAGGAUGACACAUAAUUUAUUAUUAAACUAUGGACUCUAUCGUAAAAUGGAAAUUUAUCGACCACAUAAAGCUACUGCCGAUGAAAUGACUAAGUUUCAUAGUGAUGAAUAUAUUAGAUUUUUAAGGUCAAUCAGGCCUGAUAAUAUGACUGAAUACAACAAACAAAUGCAAAGAUUUAAUGUUGGUGAGGAUUGUCCCGUUUUUGAUGGUCUCUAUGAGUUUUGUCAAUUAUCUGCUGGUGGAUCAGUAGCUGCAGCUGUAAAAUUGAAUAAGCAAGCUUCUGAAAUUUGCAUUAACUGGGGUGGAGGACUUCAUCACGCGAAAAAAAGUGAAGCCUCAGGUUUCUGCUAUGUUAAUGAUAUAGUGCUUGGCAUUUUAGAGUUACUUAAAUACCAUCAAAGAGUUUUGUAUAUUGAUAUUGAUGUCCAUCAUGGUGAUGGAGUCGAAGAAGCCUUCUAUACAACAGAUAGAGUAAUGACAGUUUCAUUCCAUAAAUAUGGAGAAUAUUUCCCUGGAACUGGUGAUCUCAGAGACAUUGGCGCUGGAAAGGGAAAAUAUUAUGCUGUCAAUAUUCCUCUUAGAGAUGGCAUGGACGAUGAUAGUUAUGAGUCUAUAUUUGUACCAAUAAUUUCUAAAGUGAUGGAAACUUUCCAGCCAUCAGCUGUUGUACUUCAAUGUGGAGCUGAUUCUUUGACUGGAGACAGAUUAGGUUGUUUUAAUCUCACUGUAAGAGGGCAUGGAAAGUGUGUUGAGUUUGUGAAGAAAUACAACUUGCCUUUCUUAAUGGUUGGUGGUGGUGGCUACACAAUUAGGAAUGUUUCAAGAUGCUGGACAUAUGAAACCUCGGUAGCGCUUGGUUCAGAGAUAGCAAAUGAACUACCAUACAAUGACUAUUUUGAAUACUUUGGACCAGAUUUCAAAUUACACAUUAGUCCAUCAAAUAUGGCAAAUCAGAAUACUCCUGAAUAUUUAGAAAAAAUCAAAACUAGAUUAUUUGAAAAUCUUAGGAUGUUGCCUCAUGCACCAGGAGUUCAAGUACAAGCUAUUCCAGAAGACGGUGCCGUCAUUGAAGACUCUGAAGCUGAUGAGAAAGUAAAUCCCGAUGAAAGACUUCCUCAGCGCGACAUUGACAAAAGGUUACAACAUGAAAAUGAAUUCAGUGAUAGUGAAGAUGAAGGUGAAGGUGGCAGAAGGGAUAACAGAUCUUUUAAGGGUUCAAGGAAACGACCACGAUUAGAAAAGGGUCAAGAAAAUGCAGAGGGUGACGUUAAAAAAGAAGACGAAAUCAAAUCCGAAGUGAAAGAAAAUGAAAAAGAUGAGAAAUCAAAUUCUACUAAUGAAGAAACUAAAAAAGAUGGAGGAGCAAAUCCCUGAUUUAGGCACGUUGAACAACCUUUCAAGGAAUGGAAUUUAGAAUCUACUAAAUGAAUAGCCCUCGACAUCUAACGUUUGCAGCCACGAAUGUAGAAUACAUUUCCCACUUGGAAUUUGUCGUACCUUCGACUAGUGCGAUCAGUCCGACUAAAUUAUUUUUUAUCGUAGUUAAUCAGAUUGAUGUUCGUGAUGCAGCAAUGAGGUGUAAAUUAAUUUCAUUUAUCGAUUGUUUUGCUUUUUAUAUGCGCACAAUUAAAAUGUUCCAAAUAAUGAACGUUAUCCAAAAUUUUGAAAUUCGUUAAAUUUAGUAGCGCAAAUUAAUUCCGUUCUUAUGUAGCGUAUGGAUAAACGUUUUAACUUCCAUUUCGAUAGUUUGUAUUUAUUGUUAGCACAUCAUCAUCCCGCUUAUUCGAAUUUACAAUCAACACAAUCGUCGAGUAUAGUAAAAAAAAAUCAUGAUUCAAAUCUCAACUUGAAAAAAAAGUUUAUUUAAUAUUCUAGCUGUCAUUUUUUCAGAUAUAUUUAGUAAAGAAUAGUGAGAUCGUGAUUAACUCUAAACGUCAGGAUUCAAGCAACCGCUUCUUAAUACGGUUGAAUUGCUUUCAUUUAAAAUAAGAUUUCAUUGUUAUGCAAGUAUUUUGACUGAGCCCAAAUUAAUUAGGCUUACUAAAAGGGCAAAAA